GCCAGAUAGGGGCAGAGCAAACAGUCACCUGAAUCCGUCCGUUUUAAAAGUGAGGCGUGUUCACUGAAUAUUUCACCAGUGAACCCAAAGACAGUUGGUAGCAAGGUUCAAAGAUUCUCAAGAGCACACUUCUCGGAGAGAAAGUGAGAGGGAACAGCGUUCAGGGACCCGGGUUUGAAAGACUGAAAUGAUUGGAUAAUAUUUGUACUCCACUGUUAUCCAAGGAAUGCUAAUGGAAUGCUGACAGGGCUGGCCAAGUAAUUUGAGGGUCUAACAAAAUAUUAUUUGAGAAGAAAACAAGUGGAGAACAUGGCAGAGAGCAAGGCCAGCAUCAGCUCGAAAGGAGGGGCCAAUGUUCUAGCUAAACGGGUGCAGAAACAAUUGAACAGAGCACAGGAGAAGGUGUUGCAGAGGCUUGGCAAAUCUGAGGAGACCAAAGAUGAGCACUUUGAGCAGCGUGUGAUGGACCUCCAACGCCAGCAGAGUGAUGGAUAUAAAAUAUACAAGGACGUUAAAGCGUACCUCAACGCUGUCACAGUAAUGAGGGAUGCCUCAGGUCGACUGUUUCAGUCCUUGUUUGAUGCCUACGAUGAUAAGUGGGACGGCGCAGAGGAUAUUCGGGCAGUUGUGGAGGGAGAAGAGCAUCUGUGGAACGAUUAUGAGGACAAGCUGCGUAAUCAGGCAUUAAUCACAAUGGAGUCUUACAUGAUCCAGUUUCCAGAUGUCAGGGUAACGACGGCCGCCUCACAUACUGGCAAAUGCACCUUGCUUUCAAAACAAAGCUUUCAAUCAUUUUUACAUGCAGUUUGUAAACCAUUUUCCUUUGUGAUUCAGGAAAAGGUGGCCAAGCGAAACAGGAAACUCGUAGACUAUGACUCUGCUCGCCAUCACCUGACAGGGCUGCAGAAUGCCAAAAAGAAGGAUGAUGUCAAAAUUGGAAAGGCAGAGGAUGAGAUGAAUGCAGCAAAGGUCAUUUUUGAGGACAUGAACAGGGAGCUGAAGAUGGAACUGCCUCUUCUGUUUGACAGUCGCAUUGGAUGCUAUGUCACAGUCUUCCAAGCCAUCUGCAACCUCAGAGACAUCUUCUACAAGGAACUUACCAAUAACAAUGAGGUUCUACAGACUGUAAUGAAAGAGCUGAGCACCCAGCAUCCAGACAAGAGCUUUGUCAUGAAGAACGUCAACUGUGCUGGUUCCUUGAAGAGAAGGUCAUUUAGAGACACGUUGUCCCCAAGAUCACUUAAAAGCUUUUAUGAUUUCCACAUGAGUUACAACCCCAGGGGAUCUCUCAGGAAAGACAACUCAUCCAGUUUUAGGUCUGACAGACCAACAUAUGGGUCAUAUAGCCCUAAGCAGACAAGCCCCACCAGCCCUCAACCCCUUUAUGAGAACGUAUUUGGUGCCAAGGAUGCAAAAGGCAGCCCUGCAAGAUUAGAUUAUCCUACAGAGGAAGGUACCUCGCCCCAUGAGGCACGACUGGAUAACACCAGCUACUCUGAAGAUAAAUCAGUGGAGGAAGAAAAGAAAGCCAAAAAGGAGGAGUCCUCGCAAGCCUCAGAUCAAGAGACGUCAAACGAGGAGGAGUCUUCCGAGGAGGACAGUGGUGAGAGAGAACUGAAACCAAACUCAGAUAUCGCUGAAAGCUCCAAGAUCGAAGAUCAAAAACCACCUGAGAAGGCAAGGAGUGAUGGGCCUUCAGGUGUGGAGAAUGGAAUAGCUCAUGACAAUAAAUCAGAUGUGCAACAAGCUGAUGCUUCAAACAAUGCUCUUACCAAGAGUGACCAUCCGUCAGGAGAGGUGAAGGAGGGAGCUACAACAGAGACCCCUAAAUAGCAGACAAAAGAGAAGGCACACUGAAUAUUGGCAAUACGGAAUCGGACCUAGGAUGUAAGAGGAUGUAAAAUGCUGUACUCCUAUUUUUUUUCAUCCUUGAUCUUUUGAGAUAUGUCUUUUCAGAUAAAUAUUUAAAUUUUGAGUUAUAAUUCAAGAACAGCUUCUUUUAGAAAAUAAUCACUUUCAUGGACUGUCUUUUAUCCUACUUUAUGUGGUGGUCUUCCUUAAGGAUUUUAAUGUUUUUAGAUACAUAACUCAAUAGCCUAUGUGACAUGCAUGUAUCUAAUUGAUUAAAGGAACAAAUGUUUAUAACGUAAGCUACUUGACAAUCAUCCAUCAUUAAAUAAAUUAAUAAAAAUUGUCA